AUCAAGAUUGCUAAUUUCGUUAAUUCUAUAAGAAAGUGUCAAUAAAGUCCAUUCCUCCCUAAUUGAAUGGCUUGUCUUCUUCGCGUGGCUCUAAACCCUACAUUUGAAAGAUCAACGGUCGCUUCAGAGAGACAAAAUCCAAGUUCUCAUUGCAAAGUUUCGAGCUUUAAGACCAAAACGAUGUCGCAAUCUUCUGCUCCUGGCGAGAAACUCAUGAGAAAGUGUCGAAAGAAAAGAGAAGAAGAAGAAGAACCGCUUGGAGGAGAUAUAGAGGAUCUCUUUAGCGAAAAUGAAACUGAGAAAAUCAGAAUGGGUAUGCUUGAUUGGUACGAUGUGAAUCAGCGAGAUCUUCCAUGGAGGAAGAGAAGAAGUGAAAGUGAAAAGGAGAGAAGAGCUUAUGAGGUUUGGGUAUCGGAGAUUAUGCUGCAGCAAACUAGGGUUCAGACUGUAAUGGACUAUUAUAAACGUUGGAUGCAGAAAUGGCCAACCAUUUAUGACCUUGCUCAAGCUUCUCUUGAGGAGGUAAACGAAAUGUGGGCAGGUUUGGGAUACUAUCGGCGGGCACGUUUUCUUCUAGAGGGAGCAAAGAUGGUUGUUGCAGGGAAGGAUGGUUUUCCUAAUCAAGCAUCUAGCUUGAUGAAAGUUAAAGGAAUAGGAGAGUAUACAGCCGGAGCAAUUGCCUCAAUUGCUUUCAAUGAGGCAGUACCUGUCGUUGAUGGAAACGUGAUUAGAGUGCUUGCCAGAUUAAAGGCCAUCUCUGCUAAUCCAAAAGACCGGCUUACGGCCAGGAAUUUCUGGAAACUAGCUGCCCAGCUAGUGGAUCCUUCACGUCCUGGAGAUUUCAACCAAUCUUUAAUGGAGCUUGGUGCGACUCUAUGCUCUGUAUCAAAGCCAAGUUGCUCUUCCUGUCCUGUUUCCAGCCAAUGUCGUGCAUUUUCACUUUCCGAGGAAAACAGAACGAUUUCCGUGACGGAUUAUCCUACAAAAGUGAUCAAGGCCAAGCCAAGGCGCGACUUUUGUUGCGUAUGUGUUUUGGAGAUACUGAAUCUUGAGAGGAACCAAUCAGGAGGUAGAUUUGUUCUUGUAAAGAGACCCGAACAAGGUCUGCUUGCUGGUCUUUGGGAGUUCCCAUCUGUUAUAUUGGAUGAGGAAGCUGAUUCGCCAACAAGGAGGAGCGCGAUCAACCUCUUCCUUAAGGAAGCAUUUCAUGUAGAACCGAAGAAAACAUGCACUAUAGUUUCAAGAGAAGAACUUGGAGAAUUCGUCCACGUCUUCACGCACAUACGCCGAAAAGUUUAUGUGGAGCUAUUAGUUGUACAACUUACAGGUGGAACCAAAGAUCUGUUCAAAGGUCAGGCAAAGGACACUCUAACAUGGAAGUGUGUGGGAAGUGAUGUUCUUUCUACCAUGGGACUGACAUCGGCUGUUAGAAAGGUGUAUUCAAUGGUUGAAGCACACAAGCAAGGCUUAUCUGUUGCUCCUGUCUCAUCAAAUAGAACAGCCAUAUUGAGGAAACGAAGAAUCUCAUGAUCUCCUUCUCACACUUUUCUACAUGUUCCUUAGCUUCUAUAUUUUGUCUAGCAUUUGUGUAUCAAAAUUUGGUGAUCUUGGUUUGAAAUUGAACAAGUUAGUUUCUACGGAGUAAAGUGACUGGAUCCCUCCAGGGGUUGAUUAUUUAUGUCUCUACAAUGACAGGUUUAUUAAGAUUUGGAUUA